UCUGGAGGAGGACCGGGGGUGGCUGACGGCGGGCGGUGGGCUGCGCGUCGGCUGCGGGGCUCGGUUCCCCGGUCCCGCCCCGCCAAGCCCCGCCCCUCCGCCCGCUGGGGCUCCCGCGGGCGCAAUCACGGAACCGCUGUCCCCGGGCCAGCCUGGGGCGGCCGGCCCGAAGCCCCCCGAUAAGAUGGAAUCACUGAAUUCAUCACUUGACUCAGUUAAUAGUUUGGAUAAGUUUAGCAAGGGAUGGUGAAGUUGGAAAAAGGCUCCUUUAACCUUCCUUCAGGAUGAACCCCCUGCAAGAAGACAUGGAAAACGCUCUCACAGGGAGCCAGAGCUCUCACGCUUCUUUGCGCGACGUCCAUUCCAUCAACCCUACACACCUCAUGGCCAGGAUUGAAUCCUACGAAGGAAGAGAGAAGAAAGGCAUAUCUGAUGUCAGGAGGACUUUCUGUUUGUUUGUCACCUUUGACCUCUUAUUUGUUACAUUACUGUGGAUAAUAGAGUUAAAUGUGAAUGGAGGCAUUGAGAACACAUUAGAGAAGGAGGUGGUGCAGUAUGACUACUACUCCUCUUAUUUUGAUAUAUUCCUCUUGGCAGUUUUUCGAUUUAAAGUGUUAAUACUUGCAUAUGCUGUAUGCAGACUGCGCCAUUGGUGGGCAAUAGCGUUGACGACAGCAGUGACCAGUGCCUUUUUACUCGCAAAAGUGAUCCUCUCAAAGCUUUUCUCUCAAGGGGCUUUUGGCUACGUGCUGCCCAUCAUUUCCUUCCUCCUGGCCUGGAUUGAGACCUGGUUCCUGGAUUUCAAAGUCUUACCUCAAGAGGCAGAAGAGGAAAACAGACUCCUGAUAGUUCAGGAUGCUUCAGAGAGGGCAGCACUUAUACCUGGUGGUCUUUCUGAUGGUCAGUUUUAUUCUCCUCCUGAAUCUGAAGCAGGAUCUGAAGAAGAAGCUGAAGAGAAACAGGACAGUGAAAAACCACUUUUAGAACUAUGAGUACCACUUCUGUUAAAUGUGAAAAUCCAUCAUUGAAGGUCACUGCAGGGAAAAAAAAGGACCAGAGCUGGGGUCUCCCUAUUAAAAGUUGAAGGUGACAUCCACUGCUGACUUUAAUGAAUGGCUAAUAAAGAAUUUAUUUAUUGUAAUACCUCAUAGACAUUGUACAGAUCCAUGUACCUUGAGGACCUGCCUGUGGCUGGUAAGAUAAUGUGAUGAUCCAUCCUGUGUUCAGUGAGACGAAGUCUGAUCUGUUCAUGAAUAGUUGGAGCAAAGUCUUGUGCUGUAUUCCCGAUCAAAAGACUUCUUAAUAUAUUGGAAUAACACUUUUUUUAGUAAGCAAAAUAUCUUUUUAUUUGAUUCGCAGUUUGGAAUUUUUUGUUUCAUGUCUCAGAUUUCUUUUGUAUUUCUUUUUUAACAUCCGACAUUUCCCUUGUGUUUUUUAACUCACGCUUAUGCGCUCUUUGUACAAUUUUACAGAGUAAUAAAUACAACAUGUCAAAAUGGUU